AUGCUCUUGCAGCUCAACAAGCCCGCGCCCGCCUUCACUGCUGAUGCUGUCGUGGGUAACGAUUUCAAGGUCAUCUCACUCUCCGACUACAAAGGCAAAUAUGUUGUUCUCUUCUUCUACCCGCUUGACUUCACCUUCGUCUGUCCCACGGAGAUAAUCGCCUUCAAUGACCGCCUUGAAGAUUUCAAAAAGAGGGGCUGUGAACUACUGGCCUGCUCGACGGACUCCAAAUUCUCCCACCUCGCCUGGGUCAACACGCCCCGCAAGACUGGCGGCCUGGGGCCGAUGAACAUCCCUCUGCUGUCCGACAAGACGGGCAGGAUCUCCAAGGCCUACCACGUCUACGACGAGGAUGAGGGCCAUACGUUGCGCGGUCUUUUCAUUAUCGACCCCAAGGGUGCCCUGCGCCAGAUCACCGUGAACGAUCGACCCGUCGGUAGGUCCGUGGAUGAGACCAUUCGUCUCAUAGACGCGUUGCAAUUCACCGACCAACACGGUGAAGUCUGUCCGGCCAACUGGCGUCCGGGCGACAAGACAAUCAAGCCGACGACGGAUAAAAGCAAGGAGUACUUCGCGUCUACUGACAAGUACUCGUCUUCCCCUCCCUCGGCCUGUCGGGCAUGCCCGCGGCUUGCGGCGCUUCUUUGUCUCAUGUUCGGGCGUCUUCGCUGCUUGGCCAGUCGCAAAGGAGCCCGGUGCAUGCACCGAAGCGAUCGAUUGCCCAGUGUUGUCGUGGCGGGCGCCUUUUUGUACCAUCGCCUCCGGGAGCCUCUGCCCUCGCCGGGUGAAUGUCGAUAA